UGGAUGUGUUUGAACGUUGUCACUCGGGAAAGUUAACUUGUUGCAGUAAUGGACACGAUUAUGGGAAACCCACACGACUACCGUGUUGUAUAGAAACAACUUGUAUUAGUAGGAAGAACCGUCUAUGUUCACCGAGUUUUAAGAUAUCUAACGUUAGCCACUACUGACAGGGAGGCACUCAAUAUUUGCAAGGAUUACGGGCAACCUCUUUCUUUGGGACGACAACUGUGCAACAUUAACUAACUAAAAGUAAUGGUAAAGUUGUGUUUGGUGCAACAACAAAGAGUCGUCAAGAGUGGCUCCUAUACGUUUUCCUCCGGCUGUUUGGGGGUACUUUAAAUUUCCCUCCUUUUUCCAUCACAGGCGGGGGUUCGGGUUAUUGGCUAGCAGCUAGCUAGCCACUCGCUAAUAGUAACUAGUCCAAAAGCAGUAACAUUAGGCGAGUACAUACAGGCAUCAGGGGCUACCCAGACUUUUUUUUCGUUGGAAAGGACAACUUUUCAUAACUUGGUAGCGAGGCGUCAGUUUGUUUUUGUGUAAAAAUACGGUUAUCACCGGGUGUGUUCGUGAGUUUAUUUUUGUUCUCCCUUUGAGGAAAUUGUCUAAAUCACAAUGGAUCCUAAUGCGGGGAAUUCUGCUUCUGCUCCCAAAAGCAAGAAGGACAAAAAAGAAAAGAAAAAUAAUGAAGAUGGAGACGGGAAAAAGAAAUUUAAUAUCAAACGGCUGUUUCCUGAUGAGUUGGAGCGUUUCACCAGCAUGAGGAUGAAGAAGGACAAGGAGAAGCCUCAUGCACCUGCACAGCGCCACUCCAGCGCUGCCCACUACGAGGUGCCUGCCCAGGAGACCAUGCUGCACGACCAUCCUGACGAAUACGUCCUGGAACUCUUCGAACAGAUGCUGGUGGAUAUGAACUUGAAUGACGAGAAGCAGCGGCCUCUGCGGGCGAAAGACAUCUCCAUCAAACGAGAGAUGGUUUCUCAGUACCUCCACACAUCGAAAGCUGGUCAGAGCCAGAAGGAGUGUUCCAGGUCAGCCAUGAUGUACAUCCAGGAGCUGAGGAUGGAGCCCAGAGACGCACAGCUCCUGGGUUGUCUGGAGUCUCUCCGGGUCUCCCUCAACAACAACCCAGUCAGCUGGGUGCAGAACUUUGGAGACGAGGGCCUGGCUCUGCUGCUCAACAUCAUGAGGAAGAUCCAGGAGGAGAAGGAUGAGUACCCGAAUAUGGGAGUGAAGUGUCAACACGAGAUUGUGCGCUGUCUCAAAGCCUUCAUGAACAACAAGUAUGGUCUGAAGGCCAUGUUGACGUCUGCCGAGGGCAUCCCUCUGCUGGUCCGAGCCAUCAACCCCAGAGUCCCUCACAUGAUGGUGGAUGUGGUCAAACUGCUCUCGGCCAUCUGCAUCCUGGAACACCCUGACAACCUUCAUGAGCGUGUUCUGGAGGCCGUCACUGAGGAGGCAGAGAAGCAGGACAGUGAGAGGUUUCAGCCACUCCUCUCUGGUAUGAACAAGCCCAACAUCGGCCUGAAGAAUGGCUGUAUGCAGCUCAUCAACGCUCUCAUCAGUCGAGGAGAAGAGCUGGACUACAGGAUCCACAUCCGCUCAGAACUGCUGAGACUGGGCCUGCGAGACCUGCUGACGGAGAUUCGGACCAUAGAGAAUGAGGAGCUGAGGGUGCAGCUCAGUGUCUUUGACGACCAGGCUGAGGAUGAUUCUGAAGAACUCCAGGCCCGCCUCAACGACGUGCGUGUUGAGAUGGAUGACGUGAUGGAGGUGUUCCAGAUGGUGAUGAACACCGUCAAAGACUCCAAGGCUGAAACACACUUCCUGUCUCUGAUGCAGCACCUGCUGCUCAUCCGCAACGACUACAUGGUCAGGCCCCAGUACUACAAGCUGAUAGAUGAGUGUAUUGCUCAGAUCGUGUUGCACAGGAACGGAGCCGACCCUGACUUCAAGUGCCGCAAUCUCAGCCUAGACGUUGAGGGGUUAAUUGCUGGUCAUGCAGUGACGAACAUCUUGGCCAAAGAGUUGAUGCAGGAGGACACCCCGCCCCGCUUCAGCAAACCACCCAAUAAGAAGACCAAGAUAGCGCAGAAGGAGGAGCCUAGCAUAGAGGGGGCUAGUAUAGACGGGGCGGGGUCACUAGAGGACCUCUUAGAGGACAGUCUAUCACGGUCCAAUUAA